UGCUGCCAUGGUGAGACGUGGAUAAACAUUUGUACGGGCAAGGUGUGCUGCUGCAUAAUAAAAUUUAUUUCCAAACGCUAUUUAAGUAAGUGUACAAAUAGUAAUUGAAAAUUGCCAUCGAACUCGGCAUUGUUAUUGUCGAAGAGUGAUAAUUAAUUUUCUUGAAUUUAUUGGAUAAUAAAAAUAACAAUGGAGCCUGUUCGCCGGUUAUUCUACAACGAUGACUACUUGAUGUGUGCCAGGAACUGGGUGCAUUACGGGGUGGCGGCCCCGGUUUUGACGGCAGAGCAAAAAGACACCGGUUGGAAGCGGCUGAGAGCCGAGUUGCGGAAACAGAGGGAACGCGAACGUCAACCAUGGACGGAGGAGUGGAAGGCAGUCGUAGGGGGGCUGUUCUUCACCCAGGUGGAGGCCUGGAAACGGCAGUGGGCAGCCCGAGUAGUCCCCAUUGGUUGCGCACGAUGUUGCUCAUGGACCCACACCGCACGGGAGUGCGACAAACCACCGGCCGAGCUGAAACCUUUCUGCGACGAAUGCGUCGCCUUUUUCGACGGCACGGAUGUUUGCCAUGGACCCCAUGGACGUGCAAGAUUAGUCGUUAGAGAGCGGUGUAUGGUGUGCUGCAGCGUACGGGUUUACCCCACCCCAUACACUCCUCACGGAAUAACGCGGUGUCCGAAAUGCCAGCGCACAGGAUACGAGCAGUUGUGGGCAUUGGCCAAAGUUCCGAAAUUCACUUGGGACCCAGAGGUUAUUCAGUGUUAUGGACUGAAUUGAGGGCUAGACCCCGAGUGUUCCCAUUGGAUUUUUCUUUUUUCGAAUUUAUGUUAUUGUUUGUUUGAGCGUGUCGGUAGGAUGCCAAUUAUACUGUGUUAAUCCUUGGUGUCCUGUAUUUGGUAUUUAUCACUAUUAAACGCUACACACCUAAUGGUCCUGUAUCAUACUCAUAUAUUUACCUUUCCUAUACCUAGAGUUAGCAAGAGGAGGUAAGUGCUAAA